AUGGCCACGUCGACGUCUGAGCUUUUGAUACGUCUCUCGGCGCUCGCCGUCGUCAUCGCCGCGAGCUUCUUCUUCUCCCCCGCGUCUUCGUUGUCCGGGCCGCCGCCGCUGGGGAAGCGGUACAGGGUGGGCGGGCCGGACGGGUGGCGCGUGCCACCGCCGGAGGAGAAGGAGAUGUACUACAUCAAGUGGGCAUCCCCCAUCACCUUCUUCGUCGAGGACUCCAUCGAGUUCGUGUACAGCAACGACACGGUGAUCAAGGUGAGCAAGGCGGGGUACUACCACUGCAACGAGACGGUGGGGAUCGGGACGGGGCCGGAGCCCAAGGACGGCAGCACGCUCUUCCUCCUCGACGCCCCAGGCUUCGCCUACUUCGCCAGCGCCGACCUCGCACACUGCGCCCAGGGACAGAGGCUCAUCAUCAACGUCCUCGCGGCCGAGCCCCCCGCCGCGCCCUCCGCACCGUCUUUGUCCCCCGCGGGAGCGCCAUCGUCUUCUUCCACGCAGCCGGACAGAUCCGCCUUCUCUCCGGCACCCGGGCCGGCCCCGGUGAUGGAAUACCAGUCGGACGCCGGGGCCUCGCUCCUGCCGUCGGUUGCUGCAGCCGUCCUGGUAACUGCUGCCUACGCGUUGGUGCUGGCGGCCGGUUUGAUCAUUUGAAUCGAGGUCGAUUUAGUAGGGACUUAAAUUUCAUUCUAGUUUUUAGUGUGUGAUAUUGUCUGAUCGAUGUGUGUGUUUGUGGUGAUGAUCAACGACCAUUGGUAUGUUUUGGUUGGUUAUUGAUGAGGAUUCAGUCAGUAUGUUCUCGAUGUAUCGCCUAUAGUGUUCUCAUGUGUCAGUACCAUACAAAUAAUUGGAUUUCCACUUGUUUCUCCUGUUC